AUGGUGUUAAAAGGCGGCGAGGUUGCUGAGCACAAUAGCGCGGAUUCGUGCUGGGUUAUUGUUCAUGGUAAAGCAUACGAUGUCACAGAAUUUCUACCAGAACAUCCUGGAGGUAAAAAGAUUAUCCUCAAGUACGCUGGCAAAGAUGCCACUGACGCAUACGAACCCAUCCACCCGCCUGACACCCUCGACAAGUUCCUCGAGGCCUCCAAGCAUCUUGGCCCUGUCGACAUGAGCACCGUCCAGCAGGAGACCAAGCAGGUGGACCCCGAGGAGGAGGAGCGUCUGCAGCGCAUGGAGCAGAAGCCUCUAUUGUCGCAAUGCUACAACCUCUUCGACUUUGAGGCCGUUGCUAGGCGCGUCAUGAGCAAGAUUGCGUGGGGAUACUACUCAAGUGCUGCUGACGAUGAGAUUACAAUGCGCGAGAACCACAGCGCAUUCCACCGAAUCUGGUUCCGUCCUCAAAUCCUCGUUGAUGUCGAGAAGAUUGACUUCUCAACCACUAUGCUUGGAACAAAAACCGAUAUCCCUGUUUACGUGACAGCCACAGCUCUUGGCAAGCUCGGUAACCCAGAGGGUGAAGUUGUACUUACCCGCGCCGCAGCCAAGCACAACGUCAUUCAGAUGAUUCCCACCCUAGCAUCCUGUUCAUUCGACGAGAUCGUGGACGCCAAAGCCGGUGACCAGGUUCAGUGGCUGCAGCUAUACGUCAACAAGGACCGCGCUAUCACAAAGAAGAUCGUCCAGCACGCCGAGAAGCGUGGUUGCAAGGGUCUUUUUAUCACAGUUGAUGCGCCUCAACUUGGUCGACGUGAGAAGGAUAUGCGAUCCAAGUUCACUGACCCCGGCUCUCAUGUCCAAGAGGGUACCGAUACAGAUAACAGCCAGGGCGCGGCGCGAGCCAUUUCAACUUUUAUCGACCCUGCUCUGAGCUGGAAGGAUAUCGCUUGGUUCCAAAGCAUCACCUCCAUGCCAAUCAUCCUCAAGGGUGUCCAGCGUGUUGAGGAUGUUCUCAAGGCUAUUGACUACGGUUGCCAGGGUGUCGUUCUGUCCAACCACGGUGGUCGACAGCUCGAGUUUGCGCGAUCUGCUAUUGAAGUUCUCGCCGAGACCAUGCCUAUUCUCCGCGAGCGCGGUCUUGAGAACAAGAUCGAGAUCUUCAUCGACGGCGGUAUCCGACGUGGAACUGAUAUUCUCAAGGCGCUCUGCCUCGGUGCCCGUGGUGUUGGUAUCGGACGACCUUUCCUCUACGCCAUGAGCACAUACGGCGAAGCUGGUGUCGUCCGUGCUAUGCAGCUUCUCAAGGAUGAACUCGAAAUGAACAUGCGACUCAUCGGCGCGAGCAAGAUUGAGGACCUGCACCCUGGCAUGCUCGAUCUCCGAAGUCUGUUCCAGCACGGUGCUGUGCCUUCGGAUAACCUGUCGUCCACCGUGUACGACCCUCUAGCUGUGCCUGCGCAGAGACCCAAGGCUGGGCCUGAACAGGGUGCCCCCAAGGCUAAGCUGUAG